GCCACUCAACGUCACCUUCCGUUAAUCGACCAUAUCUUCCACCACAACGUCGCAAUGGCAAUACGAAUACCUGGAGCAUAAUUCCCGAUAAAUUUUGGAUAGAAAACAUACUUUAAAUGCCAAAUCCCAUCCUGACCUUCACCCGAUAAAAUCUAUUGAUCCCUGUCAGAUGAUCGGGAGCUCUGCUUCUCCUGACUGACUCUCGGGCAUGAUGACGGAUGGAUCUGCGGGUGGUGCUGGAUGGUACCCCCAUCUGGAUGGAUGGGCUGUAUAUGGAGAAGUUGUCAUCAUCACCGCUGAAGCUGGGCUAGGCCACUACGGGCUGACAAUGACGUACUGGUAUUGGACAACGGCAGCCUUGGAAGAACUUCAGGAAGUAUCGAUGGAAGCUGGGGAUCUUGUAUGAAAGGUAGUUGUUGUCUGGAUGGAAAAGCACUGCUGUUCGGAACGCAACCUCGGCGACCUUCAAUAUUGUAGCCU